CAGCCUGGGCAGGACAUCUAUCCAAGUCGGAGUAGAGGAAAACUAAAGUAGGCUACCGGUGAGCAGGGAGGGCAUACACAUACAGGCCGAGCCCGCAGUGAUCUUCAUCGUGUAAUCUUUCGUCGGCAGUGAAAAUGAUCCAGUGCGUCCAGGGGAUGUUUUAUUUGUCGGUUCUGGUGGCGUUCGCCGCUUGCAACGCUCCUCCGGUACCGUUAGACGACAUCUUCAUUGAGAAAACUUUCGUGCCAGAACAGUGCGUGCGCGCAGUCAAAGUAGGUGACUAUGUAAGGUAUCACUACAAUGGCAUGUUUCCGGAUGGCAAGAAGUUCGACUCAAGUUACGACCGUGGCAGCACCUACAACGUGUUUGUUGGUAAGAAGCAGCUGAUCGAAGGGAUGGAUAAAGCUCUGGUGGGGAUGUGUGUCAACGAGAGAAGACUGGUUAAGAUCCCACCUCAUCUCGCCUAUGGAACGAAGGGAUAUGGUGACAUCAUCCCUCCUGACUCCAUCCUUCAUUUUGACGUCCUGCUGCUCGACGUGUGGAACCCAGAGGACGGCGUCCAGAGCAACACUUACCACACGCCCUCGACCUGCUCCAGAAAGGUGGAGGUGUCCGACUACGUCCGCUACCACUACAAUGGCACACUGCUGGAUGGGACACUCUUUGAUUCCAGUCACACCCGCAUGCGCACAUAUGACACUUACGUCGGGAUCGGCUGGCUGAUCGCUGGUAUGGAUCAGGGGCUUCUGGGAAUGUGUGUUGGAGAGAGACGCAUCAUCACUAUGCCUCCUUCACUUGGAUAUGGAGAGAAUGGAGAUGGCAGCGACAUCCCAGGACAGGCAUCUCUGGUGUUCGAUGUCGUACUCCUGGACCUCCACAACCCCAGAGAUGGGAUCGCAGUGACCAAUCAGAAGGUGCCUGAGUCCUGCACGAGGAAGACCGUCGCUGGAGACUUUGUGCGCUACCACUACAACGGCAGCCUCCUCGAUGGAACGUUUUUUGAUUCCAGCUACUCUCGUAAUCGUACCUAUGACACGUAUGUGGGUCGAGGCUACGUGAUCGCUGGCAUGGACGAGGGUCUGAUUGGAGUCUGUGUCGGAGAGAAACGAACCAUCACCAUCCCCCCGCAUCUCGCCUAUGGAGAAGAGGGUACAGGCACUAAGAUCCCUGGCUCAGCUGUCCUGGUGUUUGACAUUCACAUCAUCGAUUUCCACAACCCUUCAGACAGCGCUGAGGUCACAGUCACUUACAAGCCGGAGGAGUGUGAUAAGCAAACAAAGAAAGGAGACUUUAUCAAAUAUCACUACAAUGCCUCUCUGAUGGACGGCACAUCCAUCGACUCCACGUAUAAUUAUGCAAAGACAUACAACAUUGUCCUGGGAGCCAACCAGGUAGUCCCAGGGAUGGAGGAUGGACUGAUGGACAUGUGUGUGGGAGAGAAAAGGCACCUUGUUAUCCCCCCUCACCUGGGCUAUGGAGAGAGAGGAGUUACUGAUGAAGUCCCAGGUAGUGCUGUGCUGGUGUUUGACGUCGAGCUGGUAGACAUGGAGGAAGGACUUCCUGAAGGCUACAUGUUCAUCUGGAACGAAGAUGUGUCACCUGACCUCUUCACGGAGAUGGACAAAGACGACGACAAGCUGGUGGAGCCCUCUGAGUUUACUGACUACAUCAUGCGGCAGGUGAGCGAGGGUAAAGGCCGCCUGGCUCCCGGCUUUGAUCCCUACCGCAUCAUUGACAACAUGUUCUCCAACCAGGACAGAAAUGGAGACGGAAAAAUCACAGUGGCAGAGUUCAAGCUUAAAGCAGAUGAAGCCGCCGCCCAUGAUGAGCUAUGACGGGACUGAGUGUAAAACUCAGAUCAAGGGUUUGGGUGAAGGGUCAGACAGUUGGGAAAAUGUGGGUGGUACAGUAGAAGAAGAUGGGCUUGUAAGUGAAGGUGGAGUGGGGGACAUGCUGAAAGAGAUUUUGUGUUUUUAUAUUGAGGACUGAGAAGAUGGUAAAAGGGUGUUUUGUCCUUUAAGAAACAAAUGAGUCUGAAAACUAAAAGUUGGAAAGAAAACAUUUAAUAUGAGGACUAUGAUGACAGUGAAUAAUUUUUUUGUUACCUCUUUUCCCAUCCAGUUCUUUACAUUUUGUUUCAUGUGAUUUUUAUUUUAUUUUGAAGGGUAUAAAAGCACUCCUGUGUGAGAGAACAAAUCAAGGCCUCAUUCCACAAUCUCUACAUUCAACACUCCUCCCUGACUUUUAUUGUUGUUAACUUUUUGUGGUUGUGUGUGAAAUUUUCUUUUCUUUUCACUGGGUAUCAGCUUCUUCUUCUAAAAUACCUGGCAGUCUUCCCGGAGCAAGGAGUCGGUCAUCACUCACUGUGAUAUACUGUGACGGAGGAAAGUUACAUUUGUUUCUGAGAGUUACGGCUCAUCUACAGGUGAAAAUAAGUGAUCAUUUAAGUUAGAAUAAGGUUAUAUUUAGAUAGUUUACAGCUGUUUUUACUUUCAAAUGUCAGGAUGCCUUCUGUGUUUUCUGCUGUUAAAAUGACCCCUGUAGGGCGUCAGUUGUCUUCCAGGAUAACACUGAAAAGUCCAAACUCCCAAAUGUUUUUGCCAGCUUCCCAGUGUUUUAACCAUUGUUGGUCAACUGGUUGUUCCGUCUCCCGUUUUUGUCUCCAUCCACAUGUCAACUGCAAUUUAGGACUUUGUGUGUUUGUGAGUGAGUGUGUUUGUGAGUGAGUGUGUUUGUGUGCGUGUUUGUGAGUGAGUGAAUGA